UGGGCAUGCGUCACUGAAAUAAUGGAAGACUGUCUUUUCCACCCGGACUGAUGAUGUCUGUAUUUCUACUCCGUUACCUGUGAUCCGAAGAGAAAACAACUCGUCUACUUUUUAGCGUGUGUAGGUCCACGUGUGUUUCUUCAGAUAGCGUUUGCAUGCAGUCAGAGUUGAGGUCAAAGUAACAAAUCCAAGAUGACUACAGACACACCAGCCCAAAGCGUGGGCUGCAGGAUAAUGACGUUCACCCCCUCCAAAGAGGAGUUCAAGGACUUCAGCCGGUACAUUGCCUACAUGGAAUCACAAGGAGCACACAAAGCUGGAAUGGCUAAAGUUAUACCACCUAAAGACUGGAAGCCCAGACGGACGUAUGAUGAUAUCGAUGACCUGGUGAUUCCUGCUCCCAUUCAACAGGUGGUGACGGGCCAGUCAGGACUGUUUACACAGUACAACAUCCAGAAGAAGCCAAUGACUGUCCUUGAGUUCCGCAAGACCUCCAACUUGGAUAAGUUCUGCAAUCCCCGAUACGUGGAUUUUGACGAGCUGGAGAGAAAGUUUUGGAAGAAUCUGACCUUUAACCCGCCUCUGUAUGGGGCUGAUGUCAGCGGAACAUUGUAUGAUCCAGAUGUGACUGAAUGGAACAUCGGCCACCUUAACACCAUUCUGGACACUGUGGAGAGUGAUAGCGGUAUCAAAAUUAAAGGAGUCAACACACCAUACCUCUAUUUUGGGAUGUGGAAGAGUGCCUUCGCUUGGCACACAGAGGACAUGGAUCUGUACAGCAUCAACUACCUGCACUUUGGAGAGCCAAAGUCCUGGUAUGUUGUUCCACCAGAGCACGGGAAAAGACUGGAACGACUUGCCAAAGGUUUCUUUCCAGGGAACGCUCAGAGCUGUGAAGCCUUCCUGCGCCACAAGAUGACCUUAAUUUCACCCUCAAUCCUGAAAAAAUAUGGCAUCCCUUUUGAAAAGGUUACUCAGGAGGCCGGGCAGUUCAUUGUGACGUUCCCAUAUGGUUAUCAUGCUGGCUUUAACCAUGGCUUCAACUGUGCUGAGUCAACAAACUUUGCUACGCAGCGAUGGAUUGAUUACGGCAAACAAGCGACACUGUGUUCGUGUCGUCAGGACAUGGUGAAGAUUUCCAUGGAUGUGUUCGUGCGCAAAUUUCAACCCGACCGUUACAAGCUGUGGAAGGCAGGGAAAGACAAUGCCUCCAUCGACCACUCCAAACCCACACCAGAGGCUGCGGAGUUCCUUAGAGAAGACAAGAGCGAGCCUUCAGAAGAGACUGCCACUGAAGCUGGACCUGAGGAGACUACUCCUCCUGUUGUCCAGGAGGACAAAAGUCCAAAGCCUCAGACUGGGACGAAGCGUCAGCUUGAAGUUAUUGAAGCCUCUGAAGACAUCAAACCUGAGGUGACCAUGAAGGAGACUGAAGAGGUGGAGCCAAAGAAGGCCAAGUUGUCACACAAGGAGUCUCCAACUCAAGUCCCUGUCAAGCCAGAUAAAGACACAGUGAAAUUCAAGAUAGAGCCUAAGAAGGAGAAAGACACCAAGCCACAAACUAAAUCCCAGUCCAAAGCCAGCACCAAGAAAACUGGUAGCAGACAAAGCACGCCAAAAAAAGAGAAAAAUGGUGUUUCGGAUGUGUGUCCUCCAGAGCCCUCUGAGAGCCAGGUGGUGGCUCUGUCCUCUGAGGAGGCUGGCGGCAGUGACGAGCCUCGGCUGGGCAGCAGCUACAGCCCGCCACACAAACUGUUUCAGAGGACGCUGAGCCCCACAGAUGUCCUACACGUUCACAGCUAUGCCAAAGGAGACUAUGGAGAUGGAGAGGCCCCGCCCAAGGAGGAGAAGAGGAGUGAGGGCAGUGACAAUAAGACUGAGAAAGACAACAGACAUGUUAGCAAAGCACAGGUUGCAGAGGAGAUGGCUUUAGAUGGAGAGCAGGAGAAUGAUCUGGGGCAGCUGCCAGGCCACCACCCACUUAUAAAGGAUGGGAUGAGUGAUGAAGAGGCUCCAGGGGAGGCCCCCAUAUUAGAAGAGGGCGGUCUGGAAGGGGAGAGCUGGGCUAAACCUCUGACUCACCUGUGGCAGAGCAGACCUCCCAACCUGAAGAAAGAGAGGGAUUACAACCAGCGCAUGGGAUCCAAAUCUCCAUACUGCUCCAUCUGCAUCCUGUUCCACACGUACUUCCAGACUGAAUGUGCGAACAGUGUGGACAGUCCUGUCAUUGUGGCCAGUGGACGGAUGCGGACCAAACCUCUGAUCCCAGAGAUGUGUUUCACCACCACCACAGAGGAGGACUCCGAAUGUGAGGAGCAGCCCGUCACACCUCACCUAGAGGAAGAUGGAACCAGCCUCCUCAUCAGCUGCUCUCAGUGCAGCAUCCGGGUUCACACCAGCUGUUAUGGUGUGGAUCCAGCCAGUCUGAGCAAGGAGUGGAAAUGUGCGCGUUGCAAGGCCAACGCCAUGAAUGAGAAUUGCUGUUUGUGUUCGCUGAGAGGUGGAGCCUUGCAGAAAGCCAACAAUAAUAAGUGGGUACAUGUGCUGUGUGCAGUAGCUGUGCUGGAGGCACGCUUUGUCAACAUCACUGAAAGAAGUCCUGUGGAUUUAAGUGGAAUCCCUUUGCAGAGAUUUAAACUGAAAUGUUACUACUGUAAGAAGCGGAUGAAGAAGGCGUCUGGCUGCUGCGUGCAGUGUUCUCAUGGCCGCUGUCCGACUGCCUACCACCCCACCUGUGCCCAGGCUGCUGGAGUCCUCAUGCAGCCAGAUGAAUGGCCCUUUGUGGUCCAUGUAACCUGCUGUCGCCACAAAGGCCCUACUCAAAUUGAGCGCAAUAAAGCCGUCAUGCAUGAACUGACUGUGGGACAGAAGGUGAUAUGCAAGCACAAGAAUGGCCGCUACUACCAGUGUGACGUGGUGCAGCUGUCUAAAGAGACAUUUUACGAGGUCAACUUUGAUGAUGGUUCCUUCAGUGACAAUCUCUUUCCUGAGGACAUCGUGAGCCGAGACUGUGCCCAGCUUGGACCGCCGCCUCAGGGUGAGGUGGUCCAGGUGCGAUGGACAGACGGCCUGGUGUACGGGGCCAAAUUUGUGGCAGCGCAUGCCAUCCACAUGUACCUGGUGGAGUUCGAGGAUGGGUCACAGCUAACAGCCAAGAGAGAUGACGUCUACUCUCUGGAUGAGGAACUCCCCAAGAGAGUCAAAUCCAGACUGUCGAAAGCAUCAGACAUGAGAUUUGAUGGCAUCUUUGAAGAGAAGGAGAUCAUCCGGGAGUCAAAGAGACAGAGAGUCAUCAACUCACGUUACAGAGGGGACUACAUAGAACCUGUGAUUUACAGAGCAAUCAUGGAGUAGUCCUCGCUCCCUGUCUGCUCGCCCACACACCACCAGCACUGACAGACUGAACUGUGCUCACUGAACCUUAACAUAGCAGCUAGCCGCUGAGAGAGUGUAGCUCCACAUGACUUCCUUCAGGAUCCGCUUUGGACUGUUAUUGAUUUCUUACAUAUUCAUCCAUCUUUGUUCAUUUAACUAGAAGUCUAUUUGCUUUGCUUGACUGUGAUCAAAAAACAGCAGUAUUUGUUUUGUUAUUUCAGUUUAUUCAUAGGACUCCACACAGUGCCAUGGGCUGACAUCAGCCUGGCAGGACAAACAGGUAGGAAGCAAUACAAAAUGGCAUUUGUUAAGUAAUGCAACAUUUUGACAGUGAGGCAACGAUAAAAAAAAAAGAUAAUGCUAACUUAAACAUUAAUCGACAGUAAUGUUAAAUUCUUUAAAACUGACUCCACACGUGUGUUUAGGUUUCAAAGAUAAUAUAUUUAUUUCUUGCUGCCAUUAGUGUCUGUGAUAUAGAACUCCACAGGUAUCAGAGGUAAAGUAUUUGAUUUAUUUCAUUUAGAAUGUAAAUAACUAAAUUGUGCCCUCAAAUGGCUGAAAUAAUUAUUUCAAAUUAAAAGCUUUGUUACAAAUA